CCCAGCCCCCUCGAUUUUCUUUCAAAGUGCGCUUCGAAUAUCGUUUGUCUACUCCGUACUCCGUACUGUGUCAGGAGCUUCCUUCCCUCCUGCGGAUUUCCAAGGGGGUUCUAACGCUUGCAGCUGCAGACAAAGCUUCGCAGCUUGUACAGUAUAUACUCCACUCCAUACCAAUUUUCCACGCGAAGGAUCGCCUGAGGAAAGGGUACCGGGCCACACCACUCAAUUGCUUUGCGCCGCACAUGGAAAGAAGCGCCAUCAAGUUUACCCCUCAGUAUCCGGUGCAAUUCCUUGUGCAUUAAGACGAAACGUCGCCAAACAAGUCUCCUCAUCCUCCCACAUCACCCUCCCAGGGACAACCCCCUAAAACUCCACCAACAUGCCCCCCAAAACCGGCAAAGGUACAAAAAUCAUCUCCGCUGCAGGCCCCUCCAAGGCAACCCGAAAACCGCGAACAGCAGCAAAGGGCGGCAAGCGACCACCAAGGACAUCCAAUGUUCAGCCUGGCGAUCCAACCCCCCACGGCCGAACUCGCCGAUACAAACCCGGCACCGUCGCGUUAAAGGAAAUCCGGAAGUACCAGCGCUCCUAUGACCUUCUCCUCCGGAAACUUCCCUUCGCACGGCUCGUCCGUGAGGUCGCAUUGGACCUCCUUCCCACAGAGGUCGGUGCAGAACUGCGAUGGCAGUCGCAUGCAAUUCUCGCACUCCAGGAGGCCGCAGAAGCCUUCCUCGUCCAUUUGUUCGAAGAUACAAAUCUAUGCGCCAUCCACGCGAAACGGGUAACGAUUAUGCAGAAGGACAUUCAACUUGCAAGGAGGAUCCGUGGUGCUUGGGGUGGAUUGGGAUAAAUCCCUUUUGUCCCCCCCCCCUCUUUCCUUCUCUUCCUCCCUCUCUCUCUCUCUCUCUCUCUCUCUCGCUUUCGGUGACAGCACUCCUAAUUCUUCAUAUUCAUAUACAAAGACGAGAAAACUCUACCCACGGGGUAACCCUAUUUCCUCAAGGGCUGCUAAUCCGAGUUGCUUGAUUUCGUUGGUGCAUAUGGCAUAGGCGUACGGUGGGCUAAGGAGUCUUCGUUGAGCAUGGAAUUGGUUUUUUCUAUCUAUCUCCUUUUUUUUUUUUUUUUUUUUUUUU